UAAUAUUAUCUGCGGACAACAGACAUUGCAUAUGGAAAUAUUUUAAUAGUUGUUCAUUAUUUAAUCAGCCAACAGUCAUAGCAGACCUUUUCAGAUUUUUUGUUGUUUAUAAUGUUUAGAAUACCAUGGAGACCUCGUGUGGAAGUGCCAGAAUUCAACAGGUGCUGUUUCUGUCUACCACUAAGACCCGGAUUAUUAGUUUGGGGGUAUAUCAAAAUGGCCGCCCUUUCAGUGUUUGGCUACAUUCUCAUCGAAGAUCUAAUACGAAUGAUGAGUCACUCAUACUUCAGAGUCCCUACAGUAAUGAUUCUUCUUGUUUGCUUUGUGGUGAUUGACAUCAUGUUUACCAUAGGGUUCAUUGUGGCUGGGCAUAUGAAACACCCGCAACUUUUCAGAAUGUAUUACUACUACAGCUUAGUGUCUCUAGGUAUUUUUUUUAUUGGCUACAUGAUCGUGUUAGGGGUGUAUUUCUACACCUUUAGGAAUUUGCCAGCGUACAUAUUCCUCUGGACGACUCUUGACUCGUUAUACACGGCAGUUCCUUUAAUCUUGGUACAACUGUACCUGUCUUUGCUGGUGAAGAGCGAGCUCCGGAAACUGUCCAACAACUCCAACUUCCAGUUCGUGAACACCGCAGCCGAGGCCAGCUGCUCCCUGGACCUAAACAACGUCACUAGUGCCGCAGAGCCGUGAUAAAAAUGAUGUAGCAGCGCGACCAGUGCCGUACACUAGCCUUUAGAGUCCUAGAAGACUACAGACUUUUUGUCGGCCGAUAGUAGAUCCUUAUCUACUACAACAAAGUAUUAAAUAAUUAAGUAGUACUAAUUAAAAAGUCUGUGUUGACUCUUAUGCCCGGUGCAAACUUCUCCAACCCUUGGCUUCAGCCAGUCAGGUCUUUUAUUCGCCCUCCACGAUUGGCGCCUUAUAUCUGAACAAUGAACACCCCUCGCACCGUCUAGUUACGGCACUGCACUACUUGUUGAACUUAGUAUUUUUUUGGUUAUUUUACAGACUUAUUUGCGUA